AUGGACCACGCCGGAUACGCGCAUGAGGACCCCCAUGCCUGGCAGGGCGCGGGUCAUAAUGGUGGCCCUGACGGUCAUGACGGUCAAUAUGGCCAAGACGGUCAAUAUGGUCAAGACGGUCAAUAUGGUCAAGACGGUCAAUAUGGUCAAGACGAUCAAUAUGGUCAAGACGAUCACUACGGUCAAAACGGCAAACAUGGUCUCGCUGGGAACCAAGGAAACCAAAUGAAUGGUCAAGGCGGCGAUCAGUCUGGCUCGUGGGACUUGAUCAUAUCGCAGAUACACAUCCAAGUCGACACCUAUGAGCACCACAUGAGCAACCCGACGUCCGACGAAGACCAGCAAAACAACCUGCGCAAGGUCCUGAAAGAAAUCAAACGCCUCGCGCGGCAACUGCGACAGAUCGAUCCCAGCAGCCAAGAGGCCGAGACCUACUACAAGUUGGCCAAGCACGCACAGAGGGGGAAAUAUGCGGGUGAGCACGACGACGAGGACAACACGAGCGAGACGGUCGAGUACAAACUGGAACUGAUGUACGAGUCUGAAGACGAGUCCGGCAUGGACUCGGAUUCGGAGGCCGGAGACGACGACAGCCAAGGGCAAGGCUGGGGCGAGGACCACCAGGACCAAGGCUGGGAUGGUAAUGGGGAAGACGGAGGCUAUGGGGAUGGCUAUGAAGAGGGCGACCACCAGGGCCACGACCACCAAAAUGGCGACUAUCAGGGCCACGACCAUCAGGGAGGUUACCAGCAUGGUGGCGAGCAUCAGGAUGGUGACUAUCAGGGCGAUGACUACCAGGGAGGCGAUGACCAGUAUGGCGAUCAGGACCACCAGGGCCACUACCACGACCAUGAUCAGCAGCAACAUGGCGGACAGUACCAUGACCAUCAACAACACCAGGGAGGCGAUGAUGAUUACGACCAGCCACAGUACUCACCACACCCCCAUGACGGUUACUAG